UGGCCCGUAGAAUAAACAUUUUAUCUGUCAUUAUAAUAAUAAUUAUUAUAUCCAGUUUAUCCACCGCCGUCGAACAUCGCAGCGUAUUGUAAAAAAAAAACAUAGAUAAGGGACGACUCGUUGACGGUCGACGGGCGACUAUGGUCUUAGACGUGGUCUUCCAUGUCACUAUGCAGACGCACAGAAUACGUAUGAUCGCCGGUAUUCACAGGUAAUUAAUUAUAAUACCCUAAUGUGUAACCGGUACCCGUGGCGUCAGGGACACCUGCACACAAGCGGCGAAAGAGAGGACAGGGCGCGGCAGGUGCGGAACCGUUAGAAUUUCCAAAAGCUGAAGGAGAAGAGGAAGGCCAGGAAGCAAUUGGCAAACCAGCAAUACCGGAUAUCCAUGCAACCUUUAUCAACAUAGGAUCCGGAGGCCGCCAACGGACCACCGUCUGAAUCAAUAGCGAUGGAGUUGGACCUACCGAGUACCGGCGAUAAAGUGCGAAAUGCUUGAUGAGCCGGUACCGGCCACUAGACAGGGAAUAAAAACUAUAUUAAGGUAGUUAGGAGUAACUUUCAGAAUAUUGAAGAUAUUGAUAAAUGGAUUUAGAAUACCAACAAGUAAUUGACAUGGAAUGUUUGGAGAUCAUUACCAAAUGGUGAAAAUAUUACUGUAUUAUCGUAUGUGUUUUUUACAUACGCGAAACUAGACAUCGUCGGCGUUUAUCGUCGAUUAUACUAUAAUAUUAUAUAGAUAAAAUAGACUGAGAUGCGAACAAUAUUAUUUAUGUGUAAAACGGAGAUAAACACAAUACUGGCUUGAAAAAUUGUGUUGACAACCAAUCUGAUUUCCAAUUCAUCAAAUUACAAAUACGUUAUUUUAAAAACACUUACAUUCUCGCGCUCUAGUUUGCACGUAAUAUCGUAUCUAUCAUUAUAACUUGACAAAUUAAUCUGUUUUCGUUAUAUUAUUAUAAAGUACUUCUUGUUUGAGCCAUGGAAUUAUUGGAAUUUACUCAGAACUGUCAUCUGACUUUGCGCCAACCAACAGGAACGGAUCUGAAGAUUGUCAUUAACAGCGAGCUGACAGUGCACCCGCGUACGUGCACCGCGGGUAAAAAAUCAUACCCGUGCGGCGUAUGCGGCAAGCGGUUCAUCAGUAACAGCGUACUGACCAUACACCAGCGGUCGCACACCGGCGAAAGACCGUACGAUUGUGACCAGUGCCAUAGGUCGUUCACUCACAAAAGCAACUUAACCAGGCACAUGCGGGUGCACACGGGCGACAAACCGUACGGCUGUCACGUUUGCGGAAAGUCGUUUACCCGGAAAUGCAAUUUGAUCAGACACGCGCAGACGCACGAGGAUAAAAAACCGUACCGUCACUGCGGCGGAUGUGACGAGAAGUUUAGUUUGAGUGAUGACACGCCGACGUUACCGGGCGGACGCGUCACGCGGGCGAGAGGCCGUGCCCGCACAGCAGUAAUAACGUCCGAGAUGGAAUGCAAGACCAGCGGUUUGACGGUACACCAGCGGACCACUGUGACCGUACCACUGUGACGUGUGCAGAUGAGGCAAGUAAGCAAGUUAGUUCACUCGUUGUGACGGUCCGACGAGUUACAAUAAAAGGACGAUGUUUUUGUUUCUGCGGACGUGUCGGCAAGUUGCGCGACGCCGUCUGCUAUAUAAGCAGCGUGUUCGACGAAAAUAAUGCCUGUGACAGUUAAUAACUAACAUGUGUAUAGAGUGUUAUUAACUGCUCAUCCAUCUUAAUUAAAUUGUUUUGUG